CCGAGAGUUUGUUUGCUUCGUUAUCCUCUCAUAGACAUAGUUCGCGACUGAAGUCAUCUCUCUUAAUCUUCUUCCGACAAUGCUUAGGCUCUCUAUCGCCUCGCCAGGGACAGCGGUGACUUCAUUUAGAAAAGCUAGCUCGGCGAGCUCAACCUCGUCUUCGUUCCAUGGCGUCAGAAUCAAUCGCCAGGUAGCGAGGAUAUUGACGGUGAGGAGAGAGAGGGAGAUGGAAGAAGGGAUAGGGAAGAGGUUGUCUAGGAAACUUGACAGGCAAUGGAAGAAGAGCAUUGUAGUGAGACCACCUCCUUCUCUCAAGAAGCUUCAAGAGGAGGAAGCUGCUGAAGAAGCUGCCGAAGCUGCCUGAUAACCCCAGGCAUUUGAUGUUCGGUCCCUUCUUUUUGUUUCCUUGGGAUGUAACUCUCUCUCUCUCUCUCUCUCUCUCUCUCUCUCUCUCUCUCUCUCUCUCUCUCUCUCUCUCUCUUGUUGUUGUUCUUUUUGGUUUACAAUAAACUCUCCUCAUCAAGUAGUUUGCAUAUGAAUUAUAUGGUUUAAUGGUUUUGAUA